GCGGCGCGCCCCGCGCUCCCCCUCCCUCGCUCCGCUGCCGACUGCGGGCGGGGGGGAGAAAAAACCCGACGGGAAACGCCGAGAAAGCCCUUGCGCUGCCCGCGAGGAAUCGGCCCUUUGCUGCAGGUGUAAAGGACCGCGCUCCUGCUGCGGUGGAGGAGGGUGAGGCCGAGGCCCGAGCGGAGCGGGUGUCCACAAAAUGAGAACUGAUGGUCUGUGAGGGAAUUAAAAAAACUUGAACCAUACCGAAAAGGAAGGAGUUUGACAGCAACGAACUCCUGCUUGUGUCUCUCCUCUGCUGGGACUGCUGUGUGCUCAUCCAGGUGCCCUGUGUUCACAGAAGCAUGACGGGGUUCCUGAGGAAGUGCUCUGAUAAGAGGAGGCUUUGAUAGCAGCCUGAUUGAAUUCAUUGCGUAGAGGGAGAUGAAAGAAAACUUGUCAUGGCUGCAGUCCUCGUUUUGCUGGAAGUCUUCUGGGCUCAGACUUCUGCACUGAACACCUUUGUGCUGCGGGAGCCUGGCAGUAACUAUGUCACUGGGACCAUGACCAUCCACAACGAGGAGCACGUCGUCGACGUCCACGUCCGCUCCGGCGUCUACUCCUCCGAUACCAUUUUCGACUACUCCCGUGGGUAUAUUGCCACCAGGCUGUUCUCCCGAAAUGCCUGCUUUAUCAUGAAGAUCAAAAAGGAAUACAUCCCCGAGCUGCGCGAGAUCGGACGGCUGGCGUUUGAGAAACAGACCAUGAAGGAUGUUUACUCUCCAAAUAACGUGUGGACCCUGUUUCAAACUGGCAGUUCUGUGCUGGGGCAUUUGAAGGACUGGAUUCUCUAUGGCAAACACAUCGAAAAGCUCUGCUCGGGGCUGCCCCUCUACCAGCUCACAGCCACUGAACCACAAGAGAACACUGAUGGCUGUGCCAGUGCAGGAAUUCCGAGUAUUUUGGGCCUUAACAUCUGUGAACAGCUCAUUGCAACUGGAUCUUGACAUUCCUGCUGCUAGGAAUUGCCUGGUUUCUUUGCAUGCUUUUCUGAUGGAGACCAUGUUCUCCAGCUGGAACAGAGCUCGGGUAUGAGCUCAACUUGCCUAUUCAAAGCUUUGAUGUAUGACAAAGCUAUGAUAUACAAAUAAAGAUAAUGCUUUAAUAAUCGA